CCCGCCCAGUGCUGCUUUGAAGUCCUAGAAAUUUUAGAAAUUGUAUUUUAAUGUUGGCAAUGAGUCAAAAUGUGAACAUGUAUGUUGAAACCAACGUCUUUACUUUCAUUUUAAAAUCGGUUUGUGACUUCGUUGACCUUUCCUCUACACCCCUCUCCCUUGCAGAUGGAUGGUACGCUCCAAAAUAUCUUAUGAUCACUGACUAACUGUGACUUCCUCCUUAGAAGAAUAAAAGAUGCUUUUCGUGUGUUUGUUAUUUUUGCUGCAAUCAACAACAUCUCGACUCCCUGAGGAGAUGUGCGUUGGACUCUCUGAGGUUUUAGAAGCAUAUUGAGAAAUCCAGAUGAUCUCUGACACUGUGAGUAGAGAAACCAUUGUUCCUCGCUGUUCUCUGGUAUAUAUUCAAACAUGGACAGGGUUUGUGAAGCAAGGACAGGGAAGAACUACGACGUGUUCACAGCCAAGUCGUACAGGACAGGGCAAGUGGCCGGGACCAACUACUUCAUUAAGGUCCAUGUGGGAGGAGAUGCUCAUGUUCAUCUCCGCGUUUACAAAAAACUGCCAUGUUAUGGAGGAACCCUUGAGCUGACUGACCUACAGCAAGGCAAAAGCUACGAUGACCCUAUUAAGUCUUUCUAAAAGGACCACAAACCAAACAAAGCAUCCUAUCAGUGCCUACAGGCUGUUCAAUCAACUAAUCUCACAUUAACCUGGCUCUGUCAACACAUUUUUG